AUGGCACCGUUAUUCAUUCCCAACACCACUGCAUCGCUGCGCAACAUUACCGGUGACCUUUCGCGCAACAUUACCGGUGGCCGGUUCAACGGUACCGGGGGUCACAAAAUGCCGUUAGCCUUCGCCGUCUUCGGCUACUGCACCAUCGGUCUGGUGGUUUUUGGCUUCGUAGGCAAUGUCCUGAUGAUAGGCUCCAUGUUCCACGGGAAACUGUACCGGCAUACGACCAACCAGCUGCUGAUCAAUUUAUUCCUAGUCGGUGCCAUCUACGCCGCCCUAGCCAUGCCGGCAGCGGCCUACUCCACCAUUCGACUGGGUUGGCACGCCGAUAACGGCAGCUGCCGGUUCUUCGGCUUCAUGGCGUUGAGCGGCUGCUUCGUCUCCUGCCUCAACCACGCCGCCAUCGCCGUGGCCCGCUACUUGGCCGUCGUCCAUAUUGGCAGCAUCUCCAAGCGCAUCCAGGACCGGGUGGGGCUGGUGAUGCUGGUGCUGACCUGGCUGAUGCCGUACGUCGUGUUCACCUUUCCCUUCUUCGGUGUGGGCGCCAUGUACGGAUACAAGAAGUCGGUGGAGCGGUGUCAGUACAGCAGUGUGGAAGCGCCCUUCGUCAACGCCUACCGGUUCAUCUUUCAGAUUGCCCCCAUUGUGGUCAUGUGUAUCUGCUAUACGCUCAUUGUCUUCAAAGUGUGUCUGGUGCGGACAGCGGUGGGGCGGAAUAAGCAGAAGGACACCUCGUUGCGCUUCAAGCACCGGUUCAGUGUGGAGUUGGGUAUCGCCAAGCGAACGGGAACGGUAGCGGUGUUUUUCAUCGUCUGUUUUCUGCCCAGCGUAGUAUGGAGCUACAUACCCGGUAGCAUUGUCCAGGACCUGACGGAGAAUCUGGCACCGUCACUAUAUCUGCUCAUGUGGUUCGGAGUUACGUGCAGCUAUUUGGCCUAUCUCCCAGUUAAUCCCGAUUUACGCUACGCUAUACGCAGUCUAUUAAAGCGCCUGCGAUUGUGGCCCACAAAGCGGGCGUCGGUUGGCCCGGUGAUAAUUGCCCCGACGGAUUUUCCGCACAACUUUACCGAAACGAGAUCAAAGUCAACUCGCCUAGCGGCCAGUCCACGACCACGUACCUUGACGGAGCACACCACCGGAAGUGUCAAAGACGGUUAAAGCCAAAGGAUAUUGGACGCUCGCCGAGCGGAUAUAAGUCGUGCACUGCUGAAUGUUAUAUAUGUAGCUCAUUACAUGGAUUUAUGGCUUCGCAGUGAUCGAAGUUAAUUGAAAUUAAUAGAUCACUGCUUCGCUGGAUAUUCUGAAAGAUGGAUUACCGAUAAAUGUAGGGAUACGCUCACGUUUAAGAUAACUGAAUUAUUUUUGCAGCCACAUUUUUACGAUAGAUUUCUUCUCGGUUGAUUACCUGCUAUGCGCGGUUGCAGUUUGCAUAUUUACAGUACAUAAAUGCAGCUCUAUACCGGAACUGCUUUGCGUAC